GACGGAGCUGUUGGAGUGCGCCUGCGCGGAAGCGCCGCCAUUUUGGCCGUGCUGAUAGUCUGAUGUUGUAAGGAAGGCUGAGCCGAGGCCGAGCAGCGCGUCGCGAAAUGGCCAAUAUCGCAGUGCAGCGAAUUAAACGAGAGUUUAAGGAGGUCUUGAAGAGCGAAGAGACCAGCAAAAAUCAAAUCAAAGUAGAACUCGUAGAUGAAAACUUUACAGAAUUGAGGGGUGAGAUUGCUGGGCCUCCUGACACACCAUACGAAGGGGGGCGUUAUCAACUAGAAAUUAAAAUUCCAGAAACAUAUCCAUUUAAUCCUCCAAAGGUUCGGUUUAUUACAAAAAUUUGGCAUCCAAAUAUUAGUUCAGUAACAGGAGCUAUUUGUUUGGAUAUUUUGAAAGAUCAAUGGGCUGCUGCAAUGACUUUAAGAACAGUUUUAUUAUCAUUACAAGCCUUAUUGGCAGCAGCAGAACCAGAUGAUCCACAGGAUGCAGUCGUGGCACAACAGUACAAGCAAAAUCCAGAGAUGUUUAAACAGACAGCCCGACUCUGGGCGCACGUAUAUGCUGGAGCGCCUGUUCCUAGCCCUGAGUACACUAGAAAGGUAGACAAACUGUGUGCUAUGGGCUUUGAUAAAAACGCAGUAAUAGUGGCCUUGUCUUCACAAUCCUGGGACGUGGAGUGUGCAACAGAACGACUUCUCAGUAACUGAUGAAUUUGGGAUCCCUUCUGUCCCCAGAUGCCCUUUCAUUGACAAACACCUCUACCCUUUGUUCUUUCUGGGUUCUGCAUAGAUUCCAUUUUAAACAUCACUGUAAUAUGUGAUAAUCGCUAUAAACGAGACUGGAUUCGAUGCUCUGUAAAUAAAGCUCUCAAAAGAUCUGUGUAAAUUAAAACAAAGGGGAAACGUGAAAUACAUUUUAAUUUUUUUUCCUACUCACCAUUGUAAGGACCCUGAGUUUGAGUUGCAGUCAUCCCUGAAGAUGACACACACAUCUGCUUUAGUACAGUUUAACAAAGUGACCAAGGCUUUUGAUUGCAUCAGUUUGUUUUUGAUAAUAAAAACAUGUAAUGUGGCCUGCAUCUUAGGAAAUAAUUGAUUUCUAUUUUUUGAAUGUGUCAUAGCUUCUGCAGCCGUUACUUGUGGUAAUACUUCUGAUCAGAGAUGAUGUUUCGUGAAAGGCUGCUUUACUCUAAUCGUGACAUUAAUGCACAAGUUCAUGUGAAGACAUUUAUGAAUGUUAAUUUUCAUGGGUAUUAAAUCAAAGGUUGAACAGUA